AUGCUGUCAACUGAUCAAGUAGUCGCUGUGAAAAAGCUUCACCAACCAUUACCUGAUGAGUGUGAGAAUGCCAACAUACAAACAUUUAGAAAUGAGAUUUGUGCAUUGACAAAACUGCGACACAGAAACAUUGUGAAGCUAUAUGGUUUUUGUUCAUCUGCGCAGCACUCCCUUCUAGUUUAUGAGUAUUUUGAGAGAGGAAGUUUGGCUAAGAUCCUCCAGAACAAUGAGCUUGCAUCAGAAAUGGAUUGGAUAAAAAAGGUUAAUGUUAUUAAAGGUGUGGCAAAUGCUUUGUCUUACAUGCACCAUGAUUGUUCACCACCAAUCAUUCACCGCGACAUAUCGAGCAACAAUAUUUUGUUGGAUGAAGAAUAUGAGGCAUGUGUGUCUGACUUUGGCAUCACUAGACUUUUAAAGCCCGAUUCAUCCAAUUGGACUUCUCAAGUAGGGACAUGGGGAUAUGUUGCUCCAGAGCUUGCCUACACAAUGAAGGUGACUCGAAAAUGUGAUGUUUAUAGCUUUGGGGUAUUGACAUUAGAAAUGUUGAUGGGAAGACAUCCAAAAUGA